UCGGAGCGGGUUUAGGACGAGGAUAAGGACAUGGAGCGGGACAAGGACAUGGAGCGGGAUAAGGACAUAGAACGGGGCUGGGAGCCGGGAUGGGGUCGGACCCUGGGUGUGGAGCUGGGCUUCCCGGUCUGGAAGCGGGUCAGCCGAGCUCUGUCAGCCCGGAGAUCGGGAUCGCGGCCUGCAGAGCUGGGCUCUGAGCUCAGUGCGGGAGGAGAGAGUCGAUCCGUCGUUGCCUUCAUGUCUAUGGGGCUUUGGAAGCUGUUGUAUCGGGGCCUGGCGCUGUAUCCGCUUUCUCUUCCUCUUUCAGUUGGGUUUGAGAAGGUUUUAGGGGGAAAAAGGGGAUUUUUAAGGCAAAAACAUCACCCGAGUGCUGCCUAUGGCACAGCCAGGCCCAGCUUUGUGAACACAGGGCUGAGAGCUAAACCCUAACCCUGCCCAUUUAUCCCUAUUUUAUGCAUAUUUUUGUAUGUGAGAUUUCCCCUGUGCUCUUUCCCCAGCCCAAGGACUUCCCUUCUUGCUGUUGACAGCCCAGCCCUGAUAACAGAAGAGAUAAACAGCAGCUCUUCUCCUCUGCUCCGCUCACCUUCAGUCCGUGUCCCCGCAGGCGCUGAGCCAGGAUGGGUUUUGCUGAGGACAAAGUGUACAACCACAUCCUAAGGAACAUGAGCAGGUUCUGUGACAUCCACGUGGCGUCGCUGGUCGAUUCCCUGAGCUGCCUCACUGAUGCCGACAGGGAUGAGCUUCACACCCGGCAGGAGAUGCGGGGGAUCCGUGCCACUGUGUACAAGUUUUACCAGCACCUCAAGUGUCGCAAGGGCUGGGUGAUGGAUCUGAUCAAUGCGCUGCACCAGAACAAUGCAGGGCACCUGGCUGAUGAGCUGCAGCAGGUUUAUGACCUCUAUCAAGCCUCUCCUCCAGGUGUCUCAGCUCCUCCAAGUGCUUCAGCUCCUGCUGUCCGGCCUGCUGUAUCCUCUGACGGUGCCCCAAAGCCGUUCCCAAGGCCAAACUCUGCUACAGAAGCUCCAAAGGCUGAGCCACCGCGCUCCAACCCAUCUGCUGGUGGCCAUCCACCUCUCUCAUCUGCUGCUGCCACCAAUGUGACCUCAGCUGUGAGCUCAAAUGUUUCCAGCACAGAGCUGGAUGCCAGGGCCCCAGUGCAGGAAUCGCUCCCAGAAAGAAAGAGCCCCCAGCCAUCGCUGGUGACGAGCACGGUCUGUGAUGGCAAAGAGAAACCUCUCCCAUACCCCACCAAAGAGCAGCAAGAGGCAGUGGAGACCCCCGGGGCAUCCAGCAGAGUUUUGCCAUCUGUGUCCCCUGCACAUGGCCAGGAGUGGCUGAGCCAUCGGCAUCCAGUGUGUGUGGACAACGGGUGUUUUGGGAACGCAAACCACCUUCAACGUGGAGUGCCAAACUUGGAUCUGGGCAGGUCUCUUCCACCAAGGGAUUUAAGUGCUGCUCCUGACCCUGAGCAGACCAGGAAUGAGCCCCAAGAAGACGUCUAUAUCUCCAGUGAGUUGCCUGUCAGGUUGGUGGAUACCACUGGUGUUGGGGAACUACAGCCCCCGGACUCUGUGAGGACAAAGGAAGAACAAGCUGUGCACAGUUCCAAGCACGAUGGGCCCCCGAGCAGCUUUGUGGAUGUGCGCAACCCCUUGCUUAUACAGCAGCAGUUUGAUGCAGAGAAGAAGCAGAUUGAGACAGAGCAUGAAGGAGGUGGAGAUGUUCGGAAGGAAACAACCAACUCAGACUCUACCUCUGUGCCCAGAGAUAUUUCCCCAUUGUGUGAUACCUCCUUGAAGCCUCCUGUAGAAGAGAGAAUGCUGCCUGGGAAGAAAGCAGCCAGCAGCCCCCCUUCCAUGCCAGGGAAGGAGAAAGUGCUCCCAGCCUCGGUGGCCUCCAUCUCAGGUAUGAAUGCUGCAGGAAGCUUCGAAGGUGCAGCUGGAAGGACCCCGUCACGAACGAGCUCUGCUGCCAGCAUCUGGACAUCUCAUGAUAAUGAGGAGGAAGACGUGCAGCUCAGCAAGCCAGGUGCCCUCCAGUCUGUAGUAGAAGAGAGCCCAAAGGCAGCUGCCAGAUGCCAGGGCAGCCCCAGUUCCAACACAUCCAUUCACACUGGCUGGAGCACCGACCCGCUCAUGGUGAGCACAGACAGCUCAAGCCGUGGAGAAGAACAGUCCAGACCCAACUCAGGGCACUGGUCUGCAACUCCAGCAGUUCACGCAGACCCUGGGGGAGAAGAGGCAGCUGGAGUGAGCAAUUAUCCACCUCUGAGCUGGGCCAGCCCCUCUGUGGGCAACCACGAGGUCCAUGUGGAAUAUCACCCCAGUGCCCUGCUGGAAGCAGGCAAUGAUGUCCGAGAUGGAGCAGCCCCCUUUGGAAAUUCUCCUGACACAAACAAGGGAACUAAUGGUGCAACGAGCUCAUCUCAGGCCAAAGUCCCCACAUCAGAGGACUGCAGUGGGUCGUCCCUGCUGUAUGUCCUUCCAGCUGUUGGCAUCGCACUGAUUUCAGUGUUUCUGGUGUACACACGAUUGCAGAAAUAGCAGUAGAGAGACGAGAUGCCACAGCUACCAAAGGGAGAUUCUUCUUCGUAGCAGGAACUUGGCCAGCAUAUUUGAAGCCCAAAGAGCAGCUAAAGGGACUGUAGGGGUUUUGUUAAAUCUCUUCCCAGAAAGUUUCCUGGAAGAGGCCUUGGUUGUGUGAUGCUGCUGGGUUUUGGUCUGUUUCCCAUCCAACCUUCAUGUCUGUGCUGCCUUUUUCACCCACAGAGGGUGUUUCUCUCAGGGGGUUGAUCACUCAAGGUUAAAAUCAGAGCCUUCCUGGCCAUUCUCCUCAUCUUCACAUUCGGUUCUGGAUGACUCAUCUCCUGCUAAGGAAUGUUCCUGUGAUGAGGACGUGCCAGGCUGGACCCAUGUGCAAGCUGUCCCCUCUCCCAGAAGCCCUCAUCCUGCUUCAGUGCUUUCCUUCGGAGCAUCCUGCCCUGCUCCUAUGCAUCAGGAACAGCACAGGAUCCAGGGUGGAUGUAAUACUUACAUUUCCCAGCACCCGAUGCAGUGAGAUGAGAAACUUGUGUCGAGGUUGGGACACCAAUAGGGUCAGCUCUGCGUGAUGGCAGGGAGGCCAUACACCAGUGCUGAUGGUCCAGAUGCUCUGGGUUAUCUUGAGGAUUCUCUUUAGAAUUUCAGUCCAUAAUUUCCCAGCUGCUCCCUGGGGUCACCUUGGGAGUUUGAGGGAAUUGGGCCGCAAAACUUCCAGAUAAAAGAAAAUCCCAAGCCCAAAAAAGCAUCCCUUGGUUCCCUCAGCCCAAAACAGCUUUUAGAGGCAGCAGUGAUCCUGCUCAGUUGCUGUUUGCCUACAUGUCCAGCUCCAGGCAGAGCUGAACCACCCCAAUCUGCUCUGCCUGUUUCCUCUGUUGCUAUGACUGUGGGUUGUUCACCAUCUCUCAUCUACUCCCUCCCAAAAGGAUGGAGGCAUGAAAGUAAGGAAGUGGGUUAUUUUAGCCAGAGAACUUUUUGAAGCUCUAAAUGCACCAGCAUGGAUUUUUUAGGUUGCUCUGCAAUCCUGUGAUCUGCAGGAAAUGGAAGCCAUGGAGAUGUGGAGAUAGAUUUACACAGCAGAAGGCUCAUGCUAUGGACAGCCAUGGUUUAAAAGUGACUACCUGACCAGGAUGCUAUGAGCUUUAAAGCAUUGUGGUGGCCGAGCUGCAAUCCUUAUCCAGCUGCUACUUUACUGGAUCAGGUAAUUUAUUCCCCUCGGAUCCCUGUUGUUCAAUAUGGGUUCCCAAAACCUGACCCUACUACAUGGCAUGGCUGUUGUGCUCAGAGCUCAGCAUGGGCCACUCACAGUGCAGAGGGUCUUUGAGCCCUGUGGUGGGAUAAAGAGCUGCUCCUCCUCCAGGUCCGCUCAUAUCCCCAAGUGUUGAGCUGGUUUUCCCAGAGCUCUGCCUUAUUUUUUGCCUUAAUACCCCAUUAUCCUGGAGGAGACAUUAACGAGGAGACAUUAACAUGGAGCCUCUUCUGACUUGGGCAUAUAGUGUCCAAAUAGCAAACGGUUCUCCCACAGCAAUGCAGGCUGGGGGGCUUCUGCUUCAGUUUAAUAGGGCUGACAGCAGCUACCACUUUUCCCUUUGGCCCCAAAUGCACCAUUAUAAACGGCCAAUAAAGGGCAAAUAAAUACAUGCAAGAACGAGGUGUUGAUUUUACCUCCGACGAGACCUGAUCUGAAGAGUGAACUGGAGAUGUUCUCUUCUUGCUCAUCACCCAGCAUUUCAUCCAUCAGCGGAUGAGGGCGUUCGAAAUGCACUUUCCAUCCUCUCUUCUCAUUGAUGAGAUACAGGGGGCUGUUCCCUAUAAGAAAGAGGGGUUAUAUUUCUCCUGCUGCUUUCAAUGCCAUAUUUGAGGGUGUUUGGGAGAUCUCAAGCCAGCAGCAUCCACACCAAGGCUCUCUUCCAUCUGCAGGUUUCUUCAUGUAUCUUCCCAGUGCUUUUUAGCUCCGGAUUUCCACAUUUAUUAACACGUAAAACAUGUUUUUCUUGCUGUUUGCUGUGAAGUGCCUCUGUUUUCCUGGCUGUGAUGUAGCACUUUAAAGACGUAACCAGAAUAAGGAUGGAAUAGGUAAUAAAACUCUUUGCCACGCA